CGCGGGGUUGCCAGCGGCGCCAGCGGCGGCCGCCAGGGGGCGCGCGCUGGGGGUGCGGGGGGCGGGGCCUCCCAUCGCUUCCGGCGGCGGCGGGUCGGCCAUGGCGGGAGCGGCGCUGCGGCUGCUGGGCCCGGCGGCGCGAAGGGCGGCGAGCGGCGCUCCGUGCCGGGCUCACCGCCUCACCCCGGCGGACGACGAGCUCUACCAGCGGACGCGGGUGACGGUGCUGGAGCCGGAGUCUCCCAACAUCAUGUUCAUCGAGGGCUACACCAGCCGCGGCUUCACCGUCAGCGGGGACCUGGUGGUGGGACCCUGCGCCAUCCUGCCCCGCGCCAUCCUGCAGUGGAACGUCGGCUCCUACAAGGACAUCACGCAUGACAGUCUGUCACUGUUCCGGCUGCUGGAGCCCCGAAUAGAGAUCCUGGUGCUGGGCACAGGAGACAGGGUGGAGCGGCUCCACCCCGCCGUGCUGAAGCAGAUGCGGGUGUGCGGGAUCGCCGUGGAGGUGCAGGACACGCCAAAUGCGUGUGCAACCUUCAACUUCCUAACAAGUGAAAAACGUAUGGCAGCUGCUGGGCUCAUCCCUCCGCGGGGCACCUACACGGGGGCUCUUCCCUUGCCUGCCUGAAGCCCCCGUGUUUCACCACUCACCGCGAGGAAAUGCUUUGGACUAAACUGCUGGAGCUGCUGGCUGGGUGGUGGCUCUGCUCACAGGAGGGUGUUGUGACAUGCAUGGACUCAGCUGUGACCCAGAGUCCCUGGCUUCUCAGCCUCGUUUCCCAGUCCAGGCAUUGCUGGCAGCUCCACACCCACAGCCCCGCUGUUCUGCCACGGUGCUGCCCGCUGCCUUGGCAGCAAGAAACUGUCACCCCAAGGCUGGUGGGAUGAGCUGCACCACCCCCCCCCACCCAGGUGCAUUUAGGGCUAUACAAGGAAAAUACACGUAAACUGGAAGUACAAAGGAAUUGCAUGGUAGUUAAUGCACAGAGUGAGGCUGUAAUGUACCCGAGGUAUGUGUGCUCGUCACCCUGCGGAGUUGGUGGGGGAAUGUGGGCUGGCUGCUGCAGCUCCCUGGGCAGCAUGUGUGGUGCCAGAGCUGCCACCUGCCAGCAGCGCCCCCGGCACGGCAGCACCGACAGCUGGUGUGACCCGGCUGGCACUGGCCUGCCCAGGGCUCUCCAGCGCGGUUUAGUGCUGCCCCUCAGCACAGGUGUUCUCGUGAAGCUGCCAUUGGUCCCUGGGUGCUACACCCUGUCUUCCUGCAGGCUCAGCUCAAGCAGGGGACAGUCGCUGUCCUGGCCCCUUGCACUGACUCACGGUUGGGGAUGUCACUCCUGGGGCAGGGGGUUUGUGCACCUAAUCACAACCUCCUGCCUCAAACCCUGCCGCCUCUGCAGUCCCCAGCCCUGAGUCAGGUCAUGGGGUGGCUCUGCUUAACGAGGCAGCUGUAUUAAUGAGCAUUUCACACAAUUAUGUUGUAAUUCACGACUGGUUUUAGUAUCUGUAAAUCUAAUUUGACAUCACUGUG